AUGGGCUUGGAUGAAUUCUACAAGAAGAGAAAGCAGUACCUGGAGGAUAAGCCAUUGGAGUCAAGAAAGUCCAGUGGGAUUGGGACUCAAGUUAUCUUGUGUGCUUACCAGGAAACCCAAGAAGCAGAGAAAGAACCUGACACAGAUCAAGCAAGCGGUUCCGACCCAAAUGCCAACCGAGUUCAAGGACAAAAUCACAGGGUUGCAAGGUAUGUAGAUGGUUCCUUCACCGAAGGUGUUUAUGCCAAAGAAAGUGAAACCAUGACUUCCACCUCAGGAGAAAAAGUUUCCUUUGACAUUAGUUUUGGGUGUAGUCAUAACAGCAGUGGGGAGUUCAAGGGUUUCAAUGACCACGGGGUCAUAGGAAUCAUUGGUUUAGGGCUAGGGGGUUCACCCUUUGUUACUCAAAUAGCUUCCGUCUUUGGCAGUAGGAGCUUCUCCCAUUGCUUCACCACACUUGGCAGUGAUCCUAACCUUUCAAGCAAGAUGAGUUUUGGGAAUGAAUGUAAAGUUUCGGGUGUUGGCGUGGUUUCAAAACCUUUAAUAUCCACCAUAUCAGAGGAAUCUUUCUAUUAUGUCGAAUGGAAUUAG